AUGGGCGGGCGGGGUAGCGGCACCCGCACCCCCGGUCCCUUCCCGGCAGCGUUUUCAUUCCCUACCCACCUUUGGAAGGAGCUCACUAUGACAGGGCAGAGUCUGAGCGCUUUAUCUGAAGCGAAUUUUGAAGACAAUGAGAUCAGCAUCAACGUUGGAGGCUUUAAGAAAAAGAUGAGAUCCAACACAUUAUUAAGGUUCCCCGAGACCAGGCUGGGCAAAUUGUUGAGCUGCCACUCAAAGGAGUCGAUACUGGAGCUUUGUGAUGACUAUGAUGACACCAAGAAUGAAUUUUAUUUUGACAGGAACCCUGAGCUCUUUCCUUAUGUGCUACAUUUUUAUAACACUGGCAAGCUCCAUGUGAUGGGUGAACUCUGUGUCUUCUCUUUCAGCCAGGAGAUUGAAUACUGGGGAAUCAAUGAAUUCUUUAUAGACUCCUGCUGCAGUUAUAGCUACCAUGGGAGGAAAAUGGAGCCAGACCAAGAGAAAUGGGAGGAACAAAGUGACCAGGAAAGUACGACAUCUUCUUUUGAUGAGAUUUUGGCAUUCUACAAUGAUGCCUCUAAAUUUGACAAACAGCCCUUUGGAAACAUCAGGAGGCAGCUCUGGCUUGCUUUGGAUAAUCCUGGGUACUCGGUUUUAAGCCGCAUCUUCAGUGUCCUUUCAAUAGUGGUGGUGUUGGGCUCCAUUGUGACCAUGUGCCUGAACAGCCUCCCAGACUUCCAGAUUGUUGACAGCAACGGGAACACCGAGGAAGACCCUCGCUUUGAAAUCGUGGAACAUUUUGGUAUUGCAUGGUUCACUUUUGAACUGGUGGCAAGAUUUGCAGUAGCACCUGACUUUUUAAAAUUUUUCAAGCAUGCCCUGAAUUUGAUUGACCUAAUGUCCAUCCUUCCAUUUUAUAUUACACUAAUUGUCAACUUGGUGGUGGAAAGUAGCCCAACUUUAGCAAAUUUAGGCAGAGUUGCACAAGUCCUGAGACUCAUGAGGAUUUUCCGCAUAUUAAAGCUUGCUAGACACUCCACAGGUCUCAGGUCUCUUGGAGCCACUCUGAAGUACAGCUACAGAGAGGUGGGGCUUCUUUUACUCUACCUCUCUGUUGGCAUCUCCAUUUUCUCAGUAGUGGCUUACACCAUUGAGAAAGAAGACAAUGAGGGGUUAGCCACCAUCCCUGCUUGUUGGUGGUGGGCUACUGUUAGCAUGACCACCGUUGGCUACGGGGAUGUGGUGCCAGGGAGCACUGCUGGCAAGCUGACGGCAUCUGCAUGCAUCCUAGCUGGUAUCCUCGUGGUAGUGCUUCCCAUUACACUGAUCUUUAAUAAAUUCUCCCACUUCUAUAGGCGCCAGAAGCAGUUAGAGAGUGCCAUGAGAAGCUGUGAUUUUGGUGACGGCAUGAAAGAAGUUCCAUCUGUCAACUUAAGGGACUACUAUGCUUAUAAAGUUAAAUCCCUUAUGGCCAGUCUGACCAAUAUGAGCAGGAGUACCCCCAGUGAGUUGAGCCUGAAUGAUUCACUGCAUUAGUGUACAAGUCUGACAGCAGUUUGCAUGAGAGCUACCAAGAGCUAUGUUUAUAAAUGUUUUCCUAUUUGUCUUUUUUUUUUUUUUCCUAGAAGAUAGUGUUGCUGACACUGCACUUUGCACUUGAGAAACUAAAGACAUUUCUAUUACAAGUUAAGAGUUUGCACAUUUUCAUCCUGUUGCAUAAGGGUACUAAGUGCUGACUUUUCCAUGCAAAUGUUACCACUUCCAUGCCAUUACUGCUAGUGGUAUAGUGAUGAUCUGUUACUUUGUGAAUUUUCUCAUAUGAGCAGAGAAAUUAAUGUACCCAAGUGGAAUAAAAAUUCUCAGCUGUGGCAUGAGUAAUGAAAAAAAUCACCUAUCACCUAUACUGGUGUCUGUACUAGUAUAAGACUUCCCUUACAACGGUUUGAAACAGCCACCUGUGAGUCACUGAUACAGGAACAUUUCUACCUAUAUUGCUGACCAGUAAUUCUGAUCAUCACUUGCCUGAAAACACCUCUGAGUUUGCUUAUUCCUGAGUAUGUGUGUUAAAAUCUGGGUGUUCUUGUUCUGAAAUGUUAUGUAUAAUGAUAUUUUUCAGAAUCUUCUGGGCAUAGGCCUUCCUCUGUUUCCAAGAUUAGGUCAAUACUGAGCCUUCUAAAGAAGGCCACCCCUCAUUUUCAGGUAGCUACAUAUUCAAAGACUACAUUCCCACAAGUGACUCUAGGUAUGGAGGCCCAUCUAGAGCUCUCAGGAUCCCAUUUCCAGAAGGGAUCUGCUCACAGCUUGGUCCUCAUGCAGCUGCAAAUGUGUUGUAUCAGUCCAUCAAAAAGGUUUUGAGAUUAGACAUAUGAAGAUGUAGGCUUUAAACAAUUAGAAGCACCAAUGAAAAACUUGGAUUUGAUUAAUGAAGUGAAAUAUUCCCACAUGAACAGUACAGGCAGCAUUUUAGGAAUUGACAUUCAUAUACUGCAAAAAGACUAAUUAUAAAGAUGCCAUAUGUGAUGCUGAGAUAUAAAAUCUAAUUUUAUCAGUAAAGCUUGAAAGCAGGUGUUGAUGACAGACAAUUCCAUUAAAAUUUCUGCCAAGGAAUCUCUAAGCAAAAAAACCAUUUUCACUCAGAAAGAAACUCUCAAUUUACAGCUAAGGGAGAGUAUAAGGGCCUAAGAAGGGAACAGAUAAAGAGCUUAAUACUGCACUAUCUGUGGGUAGAUCCUCCUACCUACUUCUGUGAUGUAGUCAAUUUUAAUCCUUUCAAGGGCUAGCAUGUACUUGUUUAAAAAAAAAACCAAAAACCAACAUGAGAGAACAGAUCAUAUGCGAUUUAAAGAGUAAUAAUGAAUCUGCAUAGAGUUGUUUUUUGAGUGCUCAGUCUCGUCCCUUACACAGUCGUACAGAGAUCAAACACUUGGAGUCAACGGGCAGAAGCCACUGCUUUCCUCUUUCUACAUCUGUGCUAGAAAACAGACUACUGGCACUCAGUGGGCAGAACAGUAUUUCUCUUCAGAUCCUACUGCUUUUCCACCCCAUUCAUUACAUAUAAUGUUCCAAUUAAUUUUUUUGUUUGUUUUACUUGGGAAGACUAGAGAGGUGCAGAAAUUAAAUUCAAGCUAGUUAGAAGAGAAAUUAAAAUGCUAAAGCUGAAAUUGUCUUGUUUGGAAGACUGUGUUUUUAAACCAUGACAAAGGGUGGCUCAACC